AUGGACGGACGGAAGGCGGGGACCCUGCUGCUGCUCCUCAGCUGCCUCCAGAGUGGAGCAACAGCCUCAGGCCCGGCCUGUGGCAAGCAGCGAGUCCUGACCCGUGUGGUGGGAGGGACCAAUGCCGUGAUGGGGGAGUGGCCAUGGCAGGUGAGCCUGCAGCUAUCGGGUGAGCACAUCUGCGGCGGAUCCCUCAUCAGCAGUGACUGGGUGCUCUCAGCCGCCCACUGCUUCGAGGGCAAUGCCAGCACCGACGAUGUGUCCCUCUGGAGGGCAGUUCUAGGUCGACUCAAGCUGAGUGGGGGGAACCUGCCAGGCCUGGAGCGGAAGGUGUUGCAUGUCAUCAUCCAUGAGAAGUACACAAACUACCAGGAGGGCUAUGACAUUGCCCUGGUGCGCCUGGCACAGCCCGUGGCCUUUGGGCGGAACGUGACCCCCAUCUGCCUGCCCCAUGCUGGGCACCGUUUUGCCUUUGGCGCCCCCUGCUGGGCCUCUGGCUGGGGCCGAGUGCAGGAGGAAGUUCUCCUUCCCCAAAACCGGCCCCUCCAGAAGGUGGAGUUGGACCUCCUGAGCGCCGACACCUGCAACUGCAUCUAUGCCAACAACCGACAGAAGAAACUGGCCCGGCCAGCUAGGCUGGGGAUGAUCUGUGCCGGGUACCAGAAGGGGGGCAAGGGGCUGUGUCAGGGUGACUCUGGGGGGCCCCUGGUGUGCGAAGAGGACGGGACGUGGUUCCAGGCUGGGAUCAUCAGCUUCUCAGCUGGCUGUGCCCGAGACAACAGCCCCAAUCUUCUGACGGAGGCCACGGCCUAUGCGGACUGGAUCCAGCACCACACUGGGGGGGAGGCGGCUUUCGCCAAGCAGAUGGGGCCACCGCAAAAGAGCUCUGAGGAGGGGAAAUGCUCAGGUUGUGGCAUGAUGAAGGGGCCCCCUGAAGGGCCAUGGCCCUGGUACGUGAGCUUGCACUUCGAGGGCAAGCAUGUGUGUGGUGGGGCCCUGGUGGCCGAGCGCUGGGUGCUGACGGCAGCGCACUGCUUCAUUGGGCGACAGACCCCCGAGGCCUGGAAGGUGCUGCUGGGGGCGGUCCAGGAGGGGGCGGGGCAGCGCUGGUCCGAAGAGAGGGGCGUGGCCAGGCUGGGCCUCCAUGCCACAUACAUCCGCGUGGAGGAGGGCGGUGACCUGGCGCUGGUGGCCCUGGACCGGGCAGUGGCCUUCGGGGAGCGUGUGCGGGCUGUGUGCCUGCCCUAUGGCACCCACCGCUUCCAGCUAGGUGCCCCUUGCUGGGCCCGCGGACGAGCCCGAGCACGGCUCUUGAAGCGCAGUCCUAUCCAGGGCAUCUCCUUGACGCUCACAGGCCCUGUGGCCUGUAACUGCAGCUACCAGAAUGUGUCCAUCUUGCCUGACAUGCUAUGCACGGUGCCGCCGAAGAAGAGCACCAGCUGCGAGGAUGACGAUGGAGGGCCCCUGGUUUGCCAGGAGAAGGGCACAUGGUUCCUGGCUGGCGUCUCCAGCUUUGGUGACGGCUGCACUUCGAGGCGACGCCCGGCGGUCUACACAGCUGUGAGCUCCUAUGAAGACUGGAUUCAGGAUGUCACACGGGAGGGAUACUUCAUGGAGCAGCCCCUGCCCAUCCCGGAGAGCAGGGAUGCUGACAGAUGCCCCAAGGUGGAAGGCAACUCCAUCACCAGCUGGAUCAGCAUCUGGCAGCGGCCACUGAGAAGUCCACUCAGCCUUUUGAUUGGUGGAUGAAGGAGCAUCAGAGACCAAUUGGAUGCCCUCUUUGCCUGUGUCUUCGAUGCUGGGGUCAUUGGGAAUCAAAUUCCCACCCGCAUAUCUGUGACUUGCCUCCAAUUGGUUCCCCUAACAACAUGGCCCCCCGGAAGUGGCUAGCACAUGGGCGCAGAGGCCCAUGGGGGUCAUGAUGUGGCUGGCUCUGGGGUGGGAUACGUGGUGCUGGACUGAUGUGGGUCUCCUGGGGGUGAGGGGCCCUCAUGGAUCCUCUACCUGGAGCACCCGGCCAAUAAAGUCC